AUGAGUGGUCGGUUUGAGAGCUUACCCGAGGCAGUGAGGGAGGUGAUAGAGCUUUCGGGGGUUGGUCCCCAGCUGGCAGCUCUUCGGGAUCUAUCGAGUCAGCCUGCAUCACUGGCUUUUCUUCGCGGGUUGUUGAAGUUUUGGUGGGAUUCCACCAACACUUUUCACUUCCCGUGGGGAGAGAUGAUGGUUACCCUUUACGAUUUCUCCAUGAUCACGGGUUUUCCUUUUGGAGGAGAACCCGUGGUUUUGGAGAACAUGAAGGGGUCAGACGAGAGACUGCAUGACCUCGUGGGGGAUCAUGAGUUGUCAACUGAUGAGGUCGACCAGCAGUGUACUCCUGAGCAGCUGGCUCAAAUAUACAUUGCUCACGAUCUUUCCGUCACUAUUUUGAGUGAUCGGGAAGAGCGUUUCGCCAUCGGGUUACUUAUUUGCCAUAGUGAGUUGGAGCAAGUUGGCAACCUGAGCUGGGCGGAGGUGUCGUAUGCCCGUAUGCUUACUGCUAUGGGCAAGGUGACCCAGGUGAUGGAUUCCGCGGCAGCUACUGAGGUGCCCCGGAUCUCCAUUUCAUGGCACGACUAUAUUCUCGAGGAUAUUUGGCUCAUGGAGCGCUUGCGAAUUGUUGAUCAGCCACAAAAUCUUGAGGCCAAUGGAGUGAGAUUGUUCCCUGGUCGUCGCAUUCUGUACAAGCAUAAGAAUGAAGAAGAAUGGAUGACCUUUUUCUAUCACGGGGUUCCUAACAUACGCUCUGUGAUUCCUUGGUGGAACAUAAGUACUAUGGUUGAGAAUAGUUCUAAUUGUUCCUAUAUUCGCCUCUUGGGCCUUUCUAGUACCACUUACAUAUUUCCUUGCAGGGUUAUGAGACAAUACGGGAUGAAACAACUAAUCCCUCCACUAGAUUAUGAUGCUUUUAAGGAUGUGAAUUUUAAGGCCGAAAGAAUUCCCCGUUGGAUUGAGUAUUAG